AAAUAUCAAAAUAAAACUGCCAUUCAUCCACUUGAACCACAACAAUGUUUUUUUAAACUACAAUUCAUGUCUUUAGAUUGAAUAAAAUCAUAUUAAAAUAAAUAUUUGUUAUCUUUUCAGUGACUGGAUGCAGAGCCACCACAAACUUGGCAUGGCUGAAGUGUGCAUAUGUUGAUUACAAAGCAUGCAUUCAAGACCAAAUUACCCUUACAGUUAUCUUCACCUGUAAUAUCCAUAAUUUUGGCAUAUUGCAUGUUAUAUAUAUUUCAGAGGGACUUAGCAUUCCAGCAUAAUAAUUUACAAAGUAAUAUAAAUAAAUAUAUGGGAUGAAGCCUCAAGUAGCUAAUUUAUGUAUGAUACAGCACACUGCAAUAACACUCCUGACUCCAUGAUUUAAAGCUGACAGUGAAUCCUUACAUAGCAUGUGUGAGACAUAAGAGUAAACAUACAGUGCACUAUACACUAGAGUUAAAGCAGCAUGGACUGACAUAGUGUUUUUUUGUGGCAGGAUUCUAUUCCCCAGGGUUAUUUUCUCUAUCUAUGCUCGUGGCCUAUAUCUGGCGCAGCAGUGAUUCUAGUAAUCUGACUCCCACAACAAACUAUUGGAUUACAGUACAAACAAGGUCAGCUUACUGUUAAAUACUUGAAAUAAAACAAUUAUUCUUCACGGUGCUACUGUUUACACAUCUUGGUUUGAAAACCCUCUGUUCGUCAAUGGUGUGCUGGUUGAGUAAUGUGAGCUGUAGUUAGAUAGUUUGACUGAUAUUUUAAAAAUAACCAUGUGUCAGCUCUUAAAAAGCUAUUGCUCAAGCUAAACUUGACCAUGAAAAACAAUGUUCCAUUGGUCAGCAUGCAGAUAUUUCUUUACCCACAUAACUUCAAUCCAAAUUGGUUGCAUAUGUCUAUUUAUAUCUCCACCCUCACUCUUAUUUUGGACACCGUUUCUCUGUAAACUUUUCAUUACACUUUGACAGGUUGUUUCAACAGUCUUCUCAAAUAACUUGGAGGAUACACAGUAUAACUCUAAUCCAAAGGCCUUCCUGAGUGCAAAUAUUCCACUGUCACCAUACUCUUCUGUCAUGUUUGGGUUAUUAAGGCUCCUAUUUCCUCUGAUAUUCAGAGAUACAGACAGUCUAUUAAAUGUGAAGCCAAUUUGUUUUAUCCUGAGCUGUAGUGCUAAUUUGAGAAUUGUGCAAUGUGCAUGCUCAACACAACAACAUAACAUGGGAUAUGCCUUUAGGAGCUUAGGCAUUAACACUUAUUUCUGACGGUAAGACGAGGUAGCCGUCCAGAGCCAUGGGAGGGGCCUGGGAUCCUGCCUUGGCAUCAAAGCCUUGUGAAGAAGAAUGGCUGCCAGACGUGUUCAUCUAGAGGAUGACCUUUCCUGUCCGAUUUGUGGACAUAUUCUCAGCCAGCCAGUGGUGCUCAACUGCAGACAUAGAUUCUGUAAAGCCUGUCUGAAAGACAGCUGGGACACACAAGGGGGUAGGGAUUCACACUACUGUCCUCUGUGCUGGCGCCGUUGCUCCAUGGAUCAAAUAGUGGUGAGCAGUGUGCUGCAGAAGGCCUGCGAUUCAUUCAAGGAAGACAGAAGUAAGAAUGACCCAGAGGCUUGUCAAGAACAUGGAGAAAAGCUCACAAUGUUCUGUUUGGAGGACUUGGAACCAAUCUGUGGUGUGUGUGUGAAAGCAGCUGCACACACUGGACACAGGCUUUAUCCCAUUGGGGAAGGUGCCCAUGACUGUAAGGAGGAACUGAAGAGUGCACUGCUGCCUUUGAAAGAGAAGUUGCAGCUGUACGAGAAGGCGAAAGUGGUCUGUGAGGAAAUGGCAGAACAUGUUAAGAACCAAGCUGGACAUACUGAAGCACACAUCAAAGAAGAAUUUGAGGCUCUUCACCGUUUCCUGAAAGAACAGGAGGCUGCGAGACUUUCCUCUUUAAAGGCUGAAGAGGAUCAGAAGAAUCUGAUGAUUAACCAGAGAAUUGAGGAGAUGAACACUGAAAUGACAUCUCUCUCCAACACCAUUAAAUUAGUAGAGCAGGAGAUGAAAUCUCAUGAUAUCCCAUUUCUUAAGAAUUACAAGGAAACAAUACGGAAAACCUGGCGAACUUCUCCUGAUCCACAAAUGAUUCCUGGCGCUCUGAUUAAUGUGGCCAAGCACUUGGGCUCACUGAAAUAUAAAGUGUGGGAGAAGAUGAAGAGUAUAGUUAGAUAUAAUCCUGUGAUUAUGGAUCCCAACACAGCAGCGAGCUGCUUCAUCCUCUCAGAGGACCUCACAGUGGUGCAGAACUCAACCCAGAUUUUCAAGGUGCCAGACAACCCUGAACGCUUUGACAUCAGUGCCGAGAUGCUGGCUGCUGAGGGCUAUACCUCUGGACGAAACAGCUGGGAUGUGGAGGUGAAGGACAACACCUACUGGGUGGUGGGAGUAGCCAGCGACUCCAUCAACAGGAAGGGGAAGCACGUGCUGACACCAGCAGAGGGCUUCUGGACUAUUCGGUUUCGCAAUGGAGAGCAUAAGGCCUGCACCGCUCCAUGGGAGCCGCUGAACAUGACUAAGAAGCCGGAAGUGGUGAGAGUGGUUUUAGACAUGGACCGAGGCAAGGUGACCUUUUAUGACCCCGGCGAGAGAGCGCCUCUCUACACCUUCAUGGAGGUCAUCACACCCAGAGCCUUUCCCUACUUUUGCACUGCCUGCAAAGAGCACCCACUGAGAAUCCUACCCACAAGGAUAUCCUUGUCAACAGACCAUUAAUUCACCUGUGACACAAAUUGCAAAAGAUGAUUGUGGGAAAGCAGGGCCAAAUUACAGCACAUGCAUGAUUUCUCUUUAAAUGAAUGACUGAAACAAAGACAUGUAUUUAAAUAUUUAAUUUGCGUUAAAACAAAUGUAGUCUGAAAGAUUCGAAAUUGCAAACAACUUCACAACCUUUUAAAACCCCAUAUAUUACUACACUGAUAAGAUUUAUUACAUAAAAUAACAGUGACUAUGUGUGACUCAGGUUUGCAUGGCACACAAUCACUGCUGUGAUUUCCAAUUUCCUUCGAACUCUUUUCCAAGAUAAAAGUAAAAAAAUGAAACUUUUGUCAUGUUUCAUAUAAGGCACAUACAGCAUGUGUAUUUUGCAAACCCGUGCCAGUGUUUUUCAGAGGCUCAAGUAUGACAUGUGAGAUUAGUUUUCCUUUGCAGUAAAAACACUAUGGUUAGCGUUUAAUGUAGUAUCCGAGUGUACAGCAUGUUGACGUCUGGUCUUCAACCGGAGUUUCAUCCAAACACAUGGCAGCAACUCCAUACCUUCACACUCAAGAAUUGCCUAAACCUACACAAAAUAAAUCUUGCAGCAUAUUUCAUUUAUGGGUAAAAUACCCUGUAACAAAGUUUGACUUGAUACCACCCGUGCUGUCCUUACCACAUUAUUGUAACAGGCUCCUAUGUCAAGUGGGUUGUGGGACAUUUUGAGGUGUUCUUUUAAUAUAUAAAAAGGAGAUAUUAAAGAAAAUAAAUGCCCUCA